CUCUUAUUAGCUACUGGUAACCAGCUUAUUACAAUAGACAGAUCGUGAAACUACCAAUCGCCUGCUGCCCGGUCCGUGGCCCGAAGGCGAUGUCCACCCUACCUAGAGCUUGCACCCGCUGCAUCGGGAGGAAACGCAAGUGUGACUUCGUACGGCCUAAGUGUGCGAACUGUGAUCGUAUUGAUUCCACUUGCAUCUACCCAUCACCACAAAAGAGACGUGGCCCACUCGGAGGGUUCUCGCGUCUGGCAGAGGACAGGACGAUAGCCUGUGAAGAUGCUCUAUUCUUCAUGCUGGCUCAGCCUGCUAUCCGAGCCUGCUUGAGUUUACUGCGUGAUGAGGUGGAUGCUAUACCUCAAGCUGUCGACAAGACUCUGAGUAAAGAAGCGAGGACAGCAUGGUGGAGCGAUCAUCCUGUCGAUACGAUCUCUGCAUUGUUGUCUCUUCCAAUCGGAACUGAAGGAGUCUCAGCCUCCCAGGGACGGGUCGGGUCGGCAGUGGAUGUCGAAGCGAACAGCUCGUCCGAGCUCGAGGUGAACCAGGACGAACGAGAAAGGUCCAGUACGGAACAGAUGAAGGGUAUGCCUGGUGAGCUCGAUCCCGGGCCGAAACGUACUAUUGUGGGCCGUUUCUCAGCCUUGCAUCGACCUGAAUGAAGGGGGUCCUUUUCCCUCCUUUUCUGCCCAAAACACAUACGAAUCAGGACCCAGUCAUAUCUCAGCUUCACAGCUAUACUUGAGAACACGCCAUGAGGACAUCGAGGAUCAAGAUCAUCAGAAUGAUAUGGACAUGGACGAUCA